GUCACAGCAUCGCGGUAACGUUUAUGUACAUCCUUCGGCGUUUAAUAGAAGUUUCUGCGUCGAAAUUUCCCAAUUAUGACGGAAAAAUCAAGGAAGCGGAAUUCAAAUGUCAAACUUGAGCAACGAAAUCCACCCGUUUCCAAAAAAACAAAGGAUUCCCAAAAUGGGGCUUCACUGCUCGGAUGUUUAAAUUCCGAACAAAUACAGGAGCGCAUUUCACUGAUUGAUCAAGGAUUUUAUCUCAAAUGUCCACCAGAUUUUCUUAGUUUUUAUGAGUUUUGUAAAACUCUUAGCAACGAUGCCCCACUUGAUGCACUGUCUGAGAUUGGCUUUCGUUUGGUCGGGCCAUUUGAAAUUCUUCAUUAUGGAUCUAAAGAUCAGGUUAAGAAAGGACAGUGGUCUAAUCACUACCGCUUUUAUCAUGAUCCACCUGAGUUUGUGACUGUGGUUGUGUGUAGUAAUGACCAGUCUCAUAUAGGUUAUUUCAGAGAUUCAUAUGAAUCUACCCCCUUCGUCGCCAAGUCAACAGCUACAAUCAGUGGAGUAAUUGAGUAUUGUGGUCAAAAUCUGUUUGCUUUUCUGAGAACUGUACUUGACCGGAAAACAUCUUGUCAUACUAGUCAUUUGUUGGAAAGUUUUGAUGAGUUUGUAUCCGCUAAGAAUAUUCUAAUUGAUGAUUCCUCCUCAUUUAUAAAGCAUAGGAAGAAACAUCAAGUUUGUGCCACAACAAACAGUAUAGGCCUGAUGAUUGAUGUAUCUGAAGGUGACAUUGGCUAUCGUCCCAUAAGUGUUUCUUACUAUUUCCUAAGAGAUUGACCGUAUACGUGUAUGGUAGUAGUAAUAAUGCUGAACUAAACUCUAGAUUGCAAAGCAUCGUCAAUGCAAAUUCGAACGAGGCACAACUAGCUAAAUUCAUUCCACUUGAUGAAUUGAUUACUUAUGCCAACUUUGCCAAUGAUGAAGGAGAUUUUGGACAGGGUUUAGAGUUGGGUUUAUCUUUAUUAGCGUUCCAUCCGAAAGCUCGACCAUUAAAAUCAGCAGACGUACUCAAUAAUAAGAUUAAACAUUUACUGUCUGUUGGCUAUAAAUUAGCUAAGAAAAACGAAUUCAGUCAAGUUAUUGAAGCUCACAUGGACGACAGGCGUAUUGAACCGUUGACCUUUACUUAAUCUUCUUAGAUUUCAUAAAGAUAUAGUUUCUCAUAUGCAUUUACAUGUACCUCAACAAUAGCGACAGAUUUUUUCAAUGUUUUGUACCGUUAAUACACUUUUUGUUUAAAUAGCUCUUAAUGCUCGACUUGUUUGUUUGAUGAAAAUCUGUUUUCUGUAUAUAAUAGACUCAUAUUCUCACUAGAAUAGUAAUUUCUUGUAAUUACUUUUGACGCAUAUACUAUAUAGCUAAAGUCCUUGAUACUUUUAGAUUAUCAUUGGUAUAUCCUAGGAACACAGUGUACUCUCUGUUUAGCAUCGAAUUUAUUGAAGCUAACUCCUAUUUCAGUGCCUUGUUACCUAUUUACCGUUGCGUUUAUAUUUUCUUUUUGUGUGUUGUAGCGAAAUUUGGCCAACCAAGCAUUGCUAUUAAUAGGUGUGUAGUACUGAACACCAGUGUAGAUGAAACCAAGUAAGCUCGGCUUAUGUUAUUGUGAAUUCAGAUGCCUAACUUUGAUUUUGACCGUCAUGAUAUUUCAGUGUUUGAAAUCGUUGGAAAUAACUUUCAAGAUCAUCUACAUGAUUUAGUGUCUGUUAUCAUUUUAAAUUAUUUUUGGUAUUUGCUCACUUAUUGUUAUCGAUUCUAGUAAUUUCGCUGUUGCUGUCGAUAACAAAUUGUAUGUCGUGAAGUCUGUUGCCGAGCCAAAGAAAAAUUCUUAUGCUAGACUAUUUUUUCCCCUCAUUAUUUAAUGCUUCAAAUUUCUCUUGUAAGUUUUUUCUGUCGGUUGUCUUCAGUGGUUUUCCUGCAAUUGUGUUCUCUGCUAGUGUUUGUUUCGUUUUGCCUGACAUUAUGACUAUGUUUCUUAUGAAGUUAAAUCAACGUCAACGUGUCUGUUAAGUACUUAAUGAUCCAACAACUAGGCCUCUAGGAAUUCUGUUAAAAUCAUUACAUUUCCUUAGUCGAAUUUAAGCCAGUAGUUUUCCACACACAUUGAUGUGUAUAAGUUGUAUGUAUGGUAUCCUAAUAAUCUUUGAUUUCAGACGUAUCAUAUUUUUGGUACGCCGUAGAUUUAACAACCAUAAAAUACAUUCCAACUUACAGUCACGUACGGGGCAGGUCUAUUUCGGUUCAAAACUAUUCCACUUAAUAUUAGUCACCAAAUAGAUGGUUGGGAUUUUAAAGCAGAAGCUCAUCUGAUAUUUUCAGGAAAUACCGGUUUACACUGAAAUUUCUUAGUGGCUUCCUUCUGAUACCCAUUAGCAUUCGAAUCAUGAUGUAUACCUUUCUGGUUACUGUAAAUUAAAUCAAAAUUGUGAAGUCUAAAUGGAGCGCUAU